AUGGACCAUCCAGAGGCGAAUCAGAAAGCGUCACGUCACUCGGUGGUGGCCGGAGCUCGAGCGGGAGGUGGAUUUCCUGUCAGUAGAACUCUAAAGGAGAAGGUAAGUCGUCUUAUCUUCUUCAUACGUGAUCUCUUUGCUGCAUCGAUUACCAGGACGGUGUCAAAUUUGGUAUCAGAGCCGGCGAAGAUGCCGCCUCGGAGGAAUGUGCAACGUCCGACGAAAGACGUUAUCAUUGAAGAUCUGCAAAGAGAAAUUCAGCAGUUACAACAAAGAUUGGCAAGAUUUGAGCAUAGGGAGACGGAUCAAGAAGUUCAAGAAGAGGAGGAAGAAAUGAAUCCUUUUCAUCUUGAAUCUCACAGUGAAGAAGAAGAAAGAAGAACCCUACCUGGUCGCCGUAAAUAUCACAGAGAUGAUGCAGGAGUCAAGAUAGAGCUACCUGAUUUUGAUGGCCGGCUAGACCCGGACGAAUUCGUUAAUUGGUUAUAUACCAUAGAACGAAUUAUUGAGUUUAAAGAAAUACCACAGGAUCGAAUUGUCAAGAUUAUUGCUAUUAAACUGAAGAAAAGCGCGUCGCUAUGGUGGGAAAAUUUAAAACGCAAUAGAGAACGGGAAGGACGCAGCAAGAUUAUCACAUGGAGUAAGAUGAAAAAGGAACUUCAACGCAAAUACUUACCGGAACGAUAUCGACAAGAUUUAUUCUUAAAACUUCAUAGGUUACAGCAGAACCAGUUGUCUGUAGAAGAAUAUAUUGCGGAAUUUGAACAGUUGUCACUCCAAUGUGAUUUAUCAGAACCUGAAGAAAAUACCAUCGCACGAUUCCUGGAAGGAUUACAGGCUCCCAUUGCGAACAUAGUCCAAUUACAGCCGUAUUGGACAUUACAGGAUGUAUUCAAUUUGGCUAUAAAAGUGGAAAAGCAGCAACGUCCUAACAAGUGGACUCGAGGGAGGACCACAAGUCAAGAAGAUAGUAUGGAGAAAGUCAAUUUAAAAAAAACAGAAGGAAAAUCUGCGGGAAUCAAUCCGGUAAACAAGGAUGGCUAUAAACCCUUUAAUGUAGCAUCAAAAGUUCCUGGAGCAAGCACAUUGGCACCAAGAAAAUGUUUCAAGUGUCAAGGUUUUGGACAUAUCGCCUCAGGGUGUCCAAAUCGACGGGUAGUUACACUCAUGGAAGAUAUUGGGUCUGAUCAAGACAUGGCUGAUGAACAGGACAUGGAAACUAAUUCCCCAACAGUCGAACCUGAGACGACGAUUAUCUCUGCUGAUGAGGGGAGUUUACUUGUUCUUCGUAGAGUACUGAGUUCACAGAAAGAGGAUACAGAUCAGCGGCACCGUAUUUUUCAAACCAGAUGCACCGUAGGCGGUAAAGUCUGUCAAAUGAUUAUAGAUAGCGGAAGUUGUGAGAAUGUAGUGUCUACAACGAUGGUGGAAAAACUAGCUUUACCCACGGAAAAUCAUUCCAAGCCUUACACCCUUUCGUGGAUUCAGAAGGAGAAUGAAGUUAGGGUCACAAAGAGGUGUCUUGUUAAUUUCUCCAUUGGAAAGUUUGUGGAUCAAGUUUGGUGUGAUGUUGUACCGAUGGAUGCCUGCCAUCUUCUUUUAGGCCGUCCUUGGCAAUUCGACAGAAAAACGGUACAUGAUGGGGAAUCCAACACGUAUUCGUUCAAAUACAAGAAUCAGAAAAUAGUAUUGGUCCCUAUUGCACCAACUCUGUCUAAAGGAGGUCAACCCCAACUCCUGACUAGAUCUCUGUUUGUGAAAGCUCUUAGAGAGGAGGGUGUUGGUUUGCUGAUAUUGGUAUUAUUCAGCAAUGACAGCGUCAAGCAUGACAGUAAAGACGUGCAAGAUAUUCUGGAUGAAUAUGCUGACUUGCUCACAGAUGUUCUUCCUGCCAAAUUACCGCCUGAAAGACAGAUCCAACACUCAAUUGAUUUUGUACCUGGUGCGAUUAUUCCCAAUCGACCUGUCUAUAGGCUUCGACCAGACGAGCAAGCUGAACUCAAGCGACAGGUACAAGACUUAUUGAACCGAGGUUUUGUGAGACAUAGUGUCAGCCCGUGCGCCGUGCCAGCGCUAUUGGUGCCCAAGAAAGACGGUACAUACAGGAUGUGCAUAGACAGCAGGGCUGUUAACAAAAUCACUGUUAAAUACAGGUUUCCCAUUCCUCGGAUCGACGACAUGUUCGACCAGUUGCAGGGUGCUACGAUCUUCUCUAAGAUCGACUUGAGGAGUGGAUAUCAUCAGAUCAGAAUGAAGACAGGAGACGAGUGGAAGACUGCCUUUAAAACACAUGAAGGCUUAUAUGAGUGGUUGGUUAUGCCAUUCGGCUUAACCAAUGCCCCCAGUACUUUUAUGCGGUUGAUGAACCAUAUUCUGCAGCCUUUCCUCUCUAAAUUUGUGUUAGCAUAUUUUGAUGAUGUCCUCAUUUACAGCCCCAAUCUGCAGGAUCAUCGAACACAUUUAAAAAGCGUUUUUGCAGUUCUCCGAGAACAACAGCUAUUCGUGAAUAAGGAGAAAUGUCAGUUCGCUGUAGCUGAGAUAUCCUUCCUAGGAUAUAAGUUAUCAGCUGAAGGUUUGCACGUGGAUUGGGAAAAGAUCGAAGCAGUCCGCAGUUGGCCCACGCCACAAUCAUUCACAGAUGUCCGACGAUUCCAUGGACUGGCAUCAUUUUAUAGAAGGUUCAUCAAAAAUUUCAGUUCAGUGGCGGCUCCCAUGACUGAAUUAUUGAAGGCUGAUCGCUUCGUGUGGAGUCCAGAAGCUCAACAGAGUUUCGAAGCAUUAAAAUUACAAUUGUCCUCGGCCCCUACAUUGGUACUCCCUAACUUCUCACAAGCUUUUGAAGUUGAAUGCGAUGCUUCUAACCUGGGAGUUGGAGCUGUUCUUACACAAGGUGGACAUCCGGUGGCCUAUUUCAGUGAAAAAUUAAGUGAAGCUCGUCGGAAAUAUUCUACGUAUGAUAAGGAAUUUUACGCAAUCGUUCGAGCAUUACAACACUGGAAUCAUUAUUUGUUGGCAAAUGAGUUUGUGUUAUACUCUGAUCAUGAAGCAUUACGGUUUUUAAACCAUCAGAAGAAGCUGAAAGCGCGACACGCACAGUGGUCCGAAUUUCUGUCAGCGUUCCAUUAUGUGCUCAAGCACAAAGCCGGACACAACAACCAGGUGGCGGAUGCACUCAGUCGACGGCAUCUAUUACUGCAGACGUUACAGAGCCAAGUUAUUGGGUUUGACGUGAUCAAGGAAUUAUAUAACAAAGAUGCCGAUUUUCAACACAUUUGGGGAAAAUGUCAAGGCACCAAUCAUAAGCAAUUCCAUGACGAUGAUGUAGCUGCUAAUCAUCUCCUUGGAGGGCCUUCUUCUGGGCAACUAGGAGAUUAUUUUUCUUGGCUGCCGAUUUUCUACUUUGCUUGUGUUUUUGGUUGCACCUCAAUGUUUGAGGUCUAA